GCCUAGGCGACCACGGGCCGCGUCUCCCGGCAAGAUCACAGCGAUGUCGCAGGCCACGACUCCCGGGGGGACGACCCCUGCAGGAAGCACGCCCGAGUCGGAGGGAAAUGCUGAAUUGCAGAUUCUGUCUCCAGAUUUUCUUUCAGUUGCCCAAAUCACUGCUUUGUUAACAGAAGAUGUAGAUGGAGUUCAAGAGAAACUGGGAACAUUUUUGAAUUUCAAGAAUCUUCAAACUUGUUUAAAGGAUGCCAUUCUACUAGAUUAUUAUGUAUCUGGAUUUUUGUGGGCUAGAGGAAUGGAAUUUUCUAUCAUUCAGUAUUCAAAAUUUAUGACUUUACUAAAUAUGUUACUUCAUAAUCUUAAAACACUACACAUGUCCUUAGAGGACAGCAUAAAAUGGCUUGGGGAGGUUAUGGCUGAAAUUGGACCAAGUCAUUCACAAAAAUAUGAGGAAUGUAAUGUCUUUGAUAUAAAACAAGCAAAUGCUAUAAUCGAUUACUUAAAAAUCAGCUUAUUUCAACACUACAAGCUGUAUGAGUUUAUGUUCUUCUCUGCCAGGGAAGAAAUCGUGAUAGGAACUGAGCAAGUGAUAGAGGUGGUUAGGCCUGCAGGUUCCCCUUUCCUGGAUCCUCUGGAAGAAGGAAUCUCAUUUGAUAUUUACUCAACAUUCAUAGAGCCACCCCCAACACUGGAUACAGAGAUGAAGAGGUUGGAUCAAGAACAACGACCUGAGGAGUCCCAGCCAGAAACUGAUACUUCAGACAUGGAUCCUUUAGUUGGUUUCACCAUUGAAGAUGUAAAGUCAGUGCUGGGUCAAGUCACAGAAGGCAUUCUAAUGGGUGUUCAGACCGAGAUAAACGAAAAGCUGCAAAUACAGGAAGAGGCCUUUAAUGCACGAAUAGAAAAACUGAAAAAGGCCUGAAGACUCAGUACAAGGAGAGUGAUGCUAAACUUCACAGAAACAAACAAAACCGGCCGGAAUAAUAGACUCUCCAGAGCAUCAUAUCUCCUUCCUUUAGUUGUGAAAGGAAAACCAAGCCCCACUUUUUAUUAUCCUAAGUAAUUAGGAAAGUAUUGGCCCCAAUUUUGCUAUCUCCUGUCCCACAAUAGCCUCUGAAUUUAUUGCACCGAGUGUAAUAAGAACAUUCUGUAUAUAAGAGUUUGGAGAAUUAUAUAUAAAAAUACAAUUACUUUUACAGUAGUCCGUUGACGUUUUGACUAAUAAAUGCUAUUCAUCUUCAAGGAGAAUGAAGCCAACUUUUUAAAUAGCCAGAAAUAAGGAAAAAUAAUAAUAAUUUUAUCCAUAUUAACCCAAAUGAACUGCCACAUUACUGGAGCCCUGUGAAAAGAUACCAGUACCACACUGCUGAGGAUAACACUUGCUAAACAAUAGCAAUUCAAACGCAUAUACUAGGUGGUUUUUUUUUUUAACUUAAAUCAUUUGGUUUUCUUGUUUAAAUGUUUCAGUGUGAAACCAAUUUUCUGAAAUUAUAUAAUGCAAUUUGAAGCACUUUAAUUUAUUCUGUACUGUAUUUGUUAUUUCUAAUCUUGUUACUCUCCCAGGAGAAUACAUGACCUAUAUAAAAAGAAGCAAUAUAUAAAUGGUUAUUAAAGAUCAGCCUAUAUAUAGAUUGUAAAAAUCUUAAAUACAAAUCAAACUCACAGAGCUCC